CUGAAAAAACUCAACGUUACAGCGACGACUUUCAGAAGCCGCCAAUUUUCUUCUUCCUCAGUUGCUAUUAAUCUCUCGUCUGCCAUUUAAUUUUUCACAGAAACCAAAAAGUUGAGAGAAAGAGAGAGACAGCCAUGGGCUGCGGGAACUUCUUCUUCACCAUUCUGGUGACCUUCUCCGUAGCUCUAAUCACAUACAACAUAAUCAUCUCGGCCAAUUCUCCACUCCAGCAAGACCUCCCCGGCCCCUCACGGUCGUCGUCGUCGUCGUCUUCCUCGAUUUCCGUGGACCCCAUCAUCAAGAUGCCGACGGACCGAUCGCGAGGGAAAUCGGCGAGCUCCAAGCGACUGUUCCACACGGCGGUUACGGCCUCGGAUUCUGUGUACAACACGUGGCAGACUCGGAUCAUGUACUACUGGUUCAAGAAGUUUCAGAACGAACCGGGUUCGGAAAUGGGCGGGUUCACUAGGAUCUUGCAUUCCGGUAAGCCUGAUAAGUAUAUGGAUGAGAUCCCUACCUUCGUUGCUCAGCCUUUGCCUGCUGGAAUGGAUCGGGGAUAUAUAGUUCUCAAUAGGCCAUGGGCAUUUGUACAAUGGCUUCAGCAAGCAAACAUCAAAGAAGAUUAUAUACUGAUGUCUGAGCCAGAUCAUAUAAUCGUCAAGCCCAUACCGAACUUGGCAAGAGAUGGGCUUGGAAGUGCAUUUCCUUUCUUUUACAUUGAACCUAAGAAGUAUGAGACAAUACUCCGGAAAUACUACCCUGAGGACAAGGGACCAAUAACUAACAUUGAUCCAAUUGGAAACUCUCCCGUCAUUGUUGGGAAGGAAGCUCUUAAGAAGAUUGCCCCCACCUGGAUGAAUGUUUCUUUGGCAAUGAAAAAGGAUCCUGAAACAGACAAAGCUUUUGGCUGGGUGCUUGAAAUGUAUGCUUAUGCAACAGCAUCCGCUCUUCAUGGUGUUGGUAAUAUCUUGUACAAGGACUUCAUGCUUCAGCCUCCAUGGGAUACAGAAAUUGGCAAGAAGUUCAUAAUUCAUUACACUUAUGGAUGUGACUAUAAUAUGAAGGGUGAAUUAACGUAUGGAAAGAUUGGAGAAUGGAGAUUUGACAAAAGAUCUUACGAUAAUGCUGCACCACCUAAAAAUCUUCCUUUACCUCCACCUGGUGUCCCAGAAAGUGUGGUGACUCUGGUUAAAAUGGUGAAUGAAGCCACAGCAAACAUUCCAAAUUGGGGGUCAUAAGAGCAGAGCCGGUUUGAGCUGAUGUAGACACACAGCCUGUACAUACAAGCUGUGCUGCAAUUUGGUACAGAAUGCCACGUAUGGAAACAUUUGUGAAUUUCAUGUCUCCCUGUCAAGUUGGGUUGAACACUUAAUGUCCAACUCAAUUCGGCUGCAUAUAUGCCUGAUUAUGGGUGUAAAAAUCAGGCACAACACAGCUACAUUAACAUUCUGUGAUGAUUGCAGCUUAUAUAGAAAACUGUAGUAUACAAUAAAUGUUUGCGAUUAGGGUUGUAUCCCCAAGUUACAUAGAUAACAAAUGAGCUAGAUGAUUGACAGGGCGUGGCAUUGUGAUCGAUGAGAAAUGGUAAUAUCGGGUUUUUUGUUGUUA